AUGGAUUUUUCAACCACUACCAAUUUUAAAAAUCGUAUAAAUACACCAACAAAAGAACAAAUUGCAGCAAUUUAUAAUCCUUCAAAAAGACAAAAAUUGAACAAUGAUAUACCCAGAGCUUUAAAAGUUAAUGAAAUAAUAACAAAUCAGAAUAAUUAUAAAUUACCGAGUAUUGGAGAUACUACCAAAACCAAUUUUAAUAAUUCACAAUUUUUAAAUUCUGUACCUUCAAAUAUUAUACCUAUUGUUCAUCCACCAAAUAAUACUCAUGAUUUCUUUACAGAUUUAAAAACUGAUUUAAAUGAUCCAAAUUUACAAAAUCAAAUUAGUGGAAUUAUGAAAAAAUAUCCACCACCGAUUCCACCUCCAAACCCUCAGGAUUCAAAUAAUGUUAAAAAGGAUGAGAAAGGAGGUAUUAUGAUUCCAUUUAUUUAUCCACCACCACCAAUUAUAAAUAAAGAAGAAAUACCGUAUUCAUUAGAAUUCUUUAAGAAGAAAUUUGAAAAACUUCAAGAACAAAUAGAUAAAGAAGAAGGAAGAUUGAAUAUACCGAUUAAAAGAGAAAGAAAACAAUCAUUAUCUACUCAACGAAAAGGAUCAUCAUCUACUCCAUCAGAGAAUAGUAAAUCAAAAUCAAGAUCUAAAUCAGCUACUUCUUCAAAGUCAUCAUCUCCAGAUACAGUACCACCACAACCCAAACCACCAUCAUCAAAUAUAUAUAUACAAGCACCUCCAUUACCUUUCCCACCACCAAAUUAUAUGCCAUACCCAUUACAAGCUGAAAAAUCAAAUUUAGUACCCAUUGAUGUAUUUGAAACUUUCUUAGAAGCUAGUGAAAUACUACCAAGAGUAGAUAUGGUGGUUGCAAGUGCGGCUGGUUCAUUAUUUGAAAUGAAAGAUCAAGCUAAAACUGAAGGAUUUGAUGUAAAAGAGGUAGAAAUGAAGAAGAAAUUACUUGAAGAAGAUGAAGAAGAAAAGAGAUUAUAUUCGCAACAAGAAUUAGCUGCAGCUGCCUCUGAUUCUGUACCGUAUACCGAUGAAGAAUAUUACCUGAGAAUAGACACCAAGGUAUAUCAAGAUCCUUACCCUCAAAGAAAGAAUAAUUUUGUUGAAAUUAGUCAAUAUAAUAAAUUUAUCAAAUAUCAACAAAGAACAAGUAGGAAAAGAAAACACGAAGAUUCAGAAACUGAAUCAGAAUCAGAAGAAUCAGAUCCAGAAUUAAUUGAAGAUAUUGAUUCAUUACCAUUGAAUGCAAAACAUAAAUUUGCUAGAAGAAAUCGUGAAGAAUAUUUUAAUUGGGAUGUUGAAAAGGGUGAAGAGGAAAUGGAAAUAGAAUUAGAUAAAGAAACAAAGAGAAGAAGUACAAUUAAAUCACUUGAUGAAUUGCAAGCUUGGGAAUUGAAAAAUAGAGAAGAUAUAUAUAAAGAUAAGAAAUAUGAAAUUUUAAGAAGAAUAGAACAGGUUAAACGAUCAAAAAUAACAUUUCGAAAUUUAAUAUUUUAUGAUCAAGAACUUAAAAAUUUUGCAAGGAAAUGUGAAUUAGAAAGAGAUGAACAAUUAGUUCAACUUAAAAUAAUGGAAAAUUAUGAAUUAUUGAAAAAUUCAUUAAUGUUUUAUGAAGAUUCAAAUAAGAUAUAUAAACAUUUAAAUUAUGUUUUAAUUAAUAAAUUGGAAAAAUUGAAGACAUUUUUUGAAUAUCAAAAGGAUUUAUUUGAAGAAUAUGUUAAAAAUGGAGAUCAUGAAAUAUUUGAUUUAAAAUCAAAAGAAUCAAAUAGGAUAUAUAACAACCAUUUAAAUAAUAAUUAUUCAGAAGAUAUAAAAGAAAUAUUUAAAAAUUCAUUACUUAAAGAAAAUUUCAAUGGUAUUGAAUUUCCAAAAUUAUCAAAUGAAGAAAUUUCAAACAUUAAUUUAAAUAAUGAUGAUUCAGUACUCGUUCAUGAUUUUAUGCCAUUGAUAACUGCAGAAGAAUUUAACAUUAUAACUGGAGAUCCAAAUGUGAAUAAUAAUGAUGGUAUUUCACCAACUAAGAAAUCAAAAGAUGCAUCAAAAUCAAAAUCAUUAAAACAUAAAAUAUUCCAUAAUCCAAUAUAUGAUAGAUUGGCAACUUCAGGAUCAGAUACAAAUUUAAGUGACUCAAAUUCAGGUACUAAUACACCAUCAAAGAGAAGAGGAACAAGAAGAGGAACUCAACAACAAGAACAAGCACAAACUAUAUCACCAAAUAAAAAUUCGGCAUCACCCAAUCCUAUAACUGAUUCCAUUUUUUAUUCUGAUUCCAUAGAUUUAAAAUUAACUGAUACUGCAUUACAGAAUAAAAUUAUGAAACAAUUUAAUGGACCUAAUGGAGCUAGAUCAGAUGAAAUUAUUAAAGAUUUAAAAAUGAUGGGAAUAAAGACUAAAUGGCCAUUAGAAACAACACUACAACAAGCCAAAUAA